GCUAAUUCGUCGUGUCAACACGUGUUUUGACGCUUUUCAAGUCGUUGGUUGCCUUGCUCCGUGAAUUCAUUGUUUUCAAGAGAGUACAAUUAAAGUUGUAGGUUAAUGUUUGACGAGAUUAAUUAGAGAAGCAAACCGCAGUUUAUCCGAGUUCACGUCGAUUGUAGCACUCGUAUAGUGAACGAGCAAGUCAUUAAACUGCAUGGACGAAAAGGAGAGUGUUAACGAGAGCGGAGAUGCCAAGAGACAUGAAAACGACGACAGAAAGAAAGAAGACAUGGAAGACGACGAGAAGAAAGUGGCACUGAACGGUGCUGCGGAGGGGGAUAUUCCACCCGAAGAGGAAGGUCAAUAUAAGGUAGAAGUGGAGAUCAAUAUGGAAGAACGAGAAAAAUGGGGUAAGAAAGUGGAGUUUUUCCUGGCGUGUAUCGGUUACGCUGUUGGGUUAGGCAACGUGUGGCGGUUUCCGUAUUUGUGUUUCGAAAAUGGCGGUGGUGCGUUUCUCAUUCCGUACGUCUGUAUGCUGUUUCUAUGCGGAAUGCCAUUGUUCUUUAUGGAACUUGCCCUUGGCCAGUACGUGAGCUUAGGACCUGUAACAUCGUGGGCGGCUAUAUGUCCUUUGGCCAAAGGUGUGGGUUUUUCCAUGCUGGUCGUGUCCUUUCUCUGCUGUGUGUACUAUAAUGUCAUCAUCGCAUGGUGUUUGUACUACAUGUUUAAGUCGUUUGCCAGCAUGGUUCCGUGGGCAACAUGCAAUAACUGGUGGAACACACCCAGCUGCUCACGCGCGAAGAAAACGAGUAAUGGUGUCACUGAAAAUGGCGGUAUUCCUGGCAACACAACGAGCAACAAUACAGAGCUCCUUUACAACGCUUCUUGUAUUAACCAAACCUUUCCAGUUUUUGGAAACUUGACUGGCGGGAACAUGAAUGUUAUGAAUGCUUCCGUGCCGUGUUUUAACACGACCCUCAAUGCCACUGUAAAUGCUACUACUACUACACUCACAAGAGUUUCUGUCAUGGAUAGCAAUUCUCCCAGCAAAGAAUUCUGGGAAAGAUAUGUCCUUCGAAUUACUGACGGCAUCGGAGACCCCGGUUCGAUGCGCGUCGAGCUGUUGGUGGCACUCAUCGUGGCCUGGAUUCUGGUGUAUUUUUGUCUGUGGAAGGGGAUAAAGUCCUCGGGGAAGGUGGUCUAUUUCACCGCUACUUUCCCUUAUGUGGUGCUUGUAAUCUUGCUCAUCCGCGGGGUUACCUUGCCUGGUGCAUCGAAGGGCAUCGAAUUCUAUUUGAAGCCCGAUUUCAAGAAGCUGGGCGAUGCCUCCGUCUGGGCUAAAGCUGCCACGCAAAUAUUUUAUUCCCUUGGAAUCGGAUUUGGUUCGCUCAUUACUAUGGGGAGUUUCAACCAGUUUCACAACAACUGUUUCAGAGAUGCCAUGAUCGUAUCCGUCAUAAACUGCAGUACCAGUGUAUUCGCUGGUUUUGUGAUCUUCAGUGUGCUUGGCUUCAUGGCGCAUGUGUCCGGCAAGGCCGUCAAAGAUGUGGCUACAUCCGGUCCUGGAUUGGCCUUUGAAGUUUAUCCCGAGGGGAUAGCCCAGAUGCCUAUUUCUCCAUUCUGGGCUGUGUUGUUCUUCUUCAUGUUGUUGACGUUAGGGCUGGAUACCCAGUUCGCCAUGUUCGAAGCUGUCGUCACUGGCCUUGUGGAUGAGUACCCGCGCUUUUUGAAAAAACGCAAAGAGCUGUUCAUUGCUGUCUUGUGUUUCGUCUGCUUUCUGCUGGGUAUUCCUAUGGUCAUGCAGGGCGGCAUGUAUGUUCUUAACCUGUACAACUAUCAGUCUGGUGGAGUGUCCUUGCUGUUCCUGGCCUUGUUUGAAGUUCUCACCGUGGCCUGGGGCUAUGGCGGUGACCGUUUUGCUAAAGACAUCGAGACCAUGAUUGGUUACAAAAUAUGGCGAUGGUGGCCUAUUGCCUGGAAAUACCUCACCCCGCUUGUUAUUUUAGGGGUUUUCUUGUUUAGUGUCAUUCAGUGGAACGGCGUAACAUAUGGUGAUUAUCAGUACCCUCCAUGGGCAGAAUUCUGUGGUUGGGUUCUAGCGCUAGCCUCCAUGCUGUGGAUUCCAGGAGUUGCAACCUACAAGAUUAUCAAAACCCCUGGGAGUUCUUUGUAUCAGAGAAUACGUCUUCUUAUGAGGCCAGACGAGGAGGAGAUGAAAGCGAUAGAGUUACGCGAAGGCUUAGCAACACAAGGAGAGAUGGAAACUCUCUAGAGAAUCCUGAUUUCAUUGGGCCUGUUUAUAAAAGAGUUAUUUUAAUUUGUUUUAAUUUUGAAGAAAGCAUGAGCGGUAAUCUUAGUCAGUUUGAUGUUGGACUUUGCAGUAACAUUAGUAUUUGUCGGUAUAAAUUUAAUUUUGAUUAUUUUUUCCACAAUUUUACGUCAAGCUCGUUUCCUUGGUUCUGAUGUUUAAAAUUGCUAAAAUUAUGGCCAGUUUAAGAAAGACCAAGUUGUUGGCAUGAGUAAUUUGCAUGGUUUUUCGUUGCCCGAUUUCACAGGGAAAACGAAUGAGAAUAAUUAAUUAAGUGGCAAACGUUUAUGUAAAUUUGCCGCUUGUAAGUAAGACAAAGUUUACAUAUUUAGCAGCAUGUCUUCCGCGUAUAAUAUUUGCUUGUUUGAUCGCUGUUUUUCACAUUCCACUUCCAGAUGUUUAUUUUACAAAGAGUUGUCAACUCCAAGUAUAAUAUCAUGUUACGUGAUCUAGGGUAUUUGGGAUAAUGAAUUACGGAAUGAGAGUAUUUUCUGUUCGUGGGACUUGAGGAUUGAACACAAAAAGCUGAAGAUACGAAGGACAUGAUUUUGGAAAUAUUUCUUCGGAAUGUUAUUCUGUCAAAUAAAGACAAAAAGCCAUAUUUUGUUUGUUUAAAAAACUAAUUGACGUCUCAGGAGUUUCGCUGAUAAUAAUAAUUGCUUGUUAGACUAUUAUGGAAAGCAGCAUUUGUAGUAUUUGCACUGGAAGUUUUUUUUGUGAACUCACUACAAUAUAAAAAAUUACUGAUGAAAACUUAAGGAAUCAUAUUUUUUUGCAAACGAAAUAUUUUCGUUUGUUUGCAAUUUGCUGAAAACUUGAGGUCUUCACAUGUGAAACUAUUUGUCAUCUACUUCACAUUUUAAGAUUAAAAAUGGCUUGCUAUGUAAUAUACAGUAACUGUAACUGUAAUGUUUAAAUUAGAGCGAAAUUUUCUGCUUCCGUUGAUAUUACAACCGUUUCUUUGAGGCCUCUAGCCCAUUUACUCAUUCAUUUUUCUGGAAAGAAAGAUACAUCGAUUCAAUGACUGCAAAGUUUGGCUUUUGGUCAGGUAUAUUAAUUGUAGGAGUUAUAAAAGGCAUUCUCUCACUAAAUCGGAGGAUAGUGUCAUCAGUAGAAACUUCCUUUGAAUCCACAGGACUUUUUUCUGUGGCGAUUACAAUUAUAAUUAUCGCCAAAAAUGUUUAUCGCUCUUAUAACAUAGUUAAUAUUCCAAUUAUAUUCUGCAGGUGGCAUACAACUGCCGACGUUAGGAAUAGUUUGAUUAAGGCAUUUGUCAAGUUUUACAGCUGUCUUGUAAAGGUUAAUGCUUGCAAUGUGGUCAGAGUGACACCAGCAGCCACCGGGAAAAUGAAAAAUUGAAUUGCCACUUUAAAAACAACAUCAAAGAAAGGUUAAGUUUCUUCGUGUUCUUUGUAGAAAUCAGCUAUAACUGAAAUACUUUUUUCAUUAUCUUUAUCGGUGAUGUGCAGUCAUUUUCCCGACUGCCGUUCAUAUGAAGAGGCUGACAAAAAAAAGUCUAGGAAGGCCGAGGGCUGUCAACCAUUUAUGGUCGGAUGUCGCAGACAAACGCCCGGGAGAUGCUGGUGUUAUUCAAUAUGAUCACUUCGUGUAACGCUUACUAGCACCUUUGUAGAUUCAGGUGAGGUAGUGGUGCCAUUUUAAAUAAGCUAAGGCAAAUAGAAAUUAGUAUUUUCUAAUUUGUUGCUUACGUAGUAGUUCAUAUUACCUAUGAGAGAGAAUGAACAUUUCAGAAUAAACCAAGGAAACAGUCGAUAUGUGAAA